AUGCCGAUUGCUGCAACCGAAUCUAGCCUCGUCGCAAAAAAUAUCCGGUCCGCCUCGCCUUUGCCGCCUGCCAAUUCGCUCCGCAUUCUCAUCGUCGAUGACAACCACAUCAACCUCUCCAUCCUCAGCACGCUUCUCAAGCGUCGCUUCGGUCAUGCUCUAUCUAGGCCCCCGGUCAGCCUCGACAGCGGCCUGAAGGCGUUGCAGCUGCUCCGCACCGAAAUCUUCGACCUCAUCUUUAUGGACAUUGAGAUGCCCUAUCUCGAUGGCGUCGAAUGCACCCGUCGUAUCCGAGCAGGUGAGGAUGGCAUUCUCGAUCCCAACCGCAAUGCCCACAUCGUCGCGGUCACCACCAACGUAGGUCCCGAACCCGGUUCCCUCUAUCGCCACGUCGGUAUGGAUGGCAUGAUCAGCAAGCCGGUGCGCUUCGAGAAUUUUCACCAGUACAUCUGUCCGCUCUCCAUCGAGGCGUCCGCAGCCAAGGGGUCCGUCAGUCCCGUGCUCGUGGGCGCCGAAGAGGUGUUACCCCCCAUGCCUCCCAUCGACCUGGAGCAACGGCUCUUCUUCGUGCCUGCCCCCAACGGCGGCGUCGUCACCACUUCCAAGUCAUCCACACGUGGCGGCGACUCGCCCACUCCCGAGUAUUCGAACGCGAAUGAGUUUGCUGCCAUGCUAAAGGCACAGACAGCCAAGUCGCUGCGCGACCGCAAGGCACUCUCCAUCUCGCGUUCCACCACGCUCUCCGAAGCGCGUAGGUCGUCGUUCAACUCGCCCAGGUCGGAGCAUCUCUCUGCCAUCCGUGUAGUCCAUCAGCCCGGCGCUGUCGACUCUGACGACGCACUCGCCACGGAGGAUCGAGAAAGCUUUAGACGCAAGCACGGAGCUGGGCAGGACAUCACCAAUGCGUCUAUGCUCUCGUUCGAGUCGCUCGUAGAACGUGAGACGCGUGAACGCGAGCUGGACUGUCUCACUCAGAGCCGUGUUCCUACUCUCGUUCGACCCGUUCCCAUCCACCGCGUCAGCUCGCCUGCCUACCUGCUCGACGCUUCGCCUGUCAGCCGCCUGCGCGCCGAGCCGGCUAUGCGCUCGAACCCAGAUCUUGCUGCGCCUCGCGCUGUGCGUCCGGGCAUCCGGCCCUUGCCACGCGAACGACCUGUUCGCAACGACUCUGAUCGCUCUUCGAAUAGCGCAUCGGACAGUGCUGGCAUGUCUGCCUAUGUCUUCUCGUCGGAUCACACGACGACGACGACUAGGCGCUCUUCUUCGCUCGACUUGCUGAGCAGCUUCGAAGGUCACCGCACCGUCAGCCCUUCGUCGUCGCUCACCACACCCGUGUCAUCUCCGGCUGACAUGGAUGCGAUCGCCAACGCAAAGGAUUUGGACGACGACCACGACCGGCGCGAUGCUGUCUUCAGUCCAUGUGCCGACGACCUGCUCGUACCACGCGGACUGGAUUUCCGCACCAUGCCUCUGCUGCCGCCGUUCCCGCCGCUCUCGAGCAAGGCUAUGUCGCUGCAGAACAGUCCACGCAUCCGCGUUUCUGCGGUUCCAGAACUACAGCAAGCUCGCUCUCGAGACGGGCUGAGCUCGCGCGUCGAUGCAUUGCACCUCGAGUGA